UGAAAAAUGCAUUUAAAAAAUGACUAGGUUGAUUCGAGAAAGGCCAACGGGCUCUACAGUCUUGUUCCCAGAUUCUUCUUGUAUGAAACAACCACUUGAUUGGCUUUGGAUUCAUCUCCUACUGUUGGACGAAUAUUAGAGAUUAAAGCAGCAUUGGAUCAAGAAUCUGCUUUCAGCUAACCGAUAUGCAAGCCCAUCAAAGGCCAGAAUAUAAUAUUCUGCAAGAAGAUCCAAGGCCAAUGCCAGAUCUUCCCCAAGAACUCAUAGUUGACAUACUCACAAGGUUACCAGUCAAGUCCAUUUUGAGAUUCAGGUGUGUUUCAAAAUCAUGGCUUUGUUUAAUCGCAAGUCCUCAUUUCAUCAAAUCCCAUCUCACAAUAUCAACAAAAGUCAACAAUCAUGCCCGUCAUGGCCUUCUUUUAGCUCCCAUUGAUGCUCCUACUGAGCUUUACACCUGUUCUCUUUAUUCUGUUUUGUAUCAAAGAUCUCCUGUUAGUGCUGAAAAGGUUCAACUCCCCUUGCAAAGUAAAUAUCCUAGAUUAUCCUUUGUGGGAUGUUGCAAUGGUCUGGUUUGUUUAUCUGAAGGGUCUCAUGAUCUCAUUUUGUUCAAUCCAUCCACAAGAAAAUCCAAUGUUUUACCGAAUUCAGGCAUUGAUGUGGGUAAAUUUAAGCAUAUGACAUAUGGUUUUGGUUAUGAUGAAGUACAUGAUGAUUAUAAAUUAGUAGCAGUAGGCUAUUCUUGCCCCUAUGGGAUGAAUUGCCAGACUAUAGUCAAUGUCUACAGUUUAAGGACCAACUCUUGGAGAAAUAUUCAAGGCUAUGAAGGUGGAUUCAUUUCUUCUUGUUCAGGUGUGUUUGUUAACGGAGCUCUUCAUUGGCUAGUGGUUUCUGAGGAUGGUUCUAUUUCCUCUUGGCGAAUUGUUUCUCUGAAUCUGGCAACAGAGACCUAUGGAGAGAUAUUGCAGCCUAACUAUGAAAAGGGCAAUGUUGCUUUUACACCCGGGGUUUUAGAAGGAAAUCUUUGUGUCUUUUACAACCACUAUGAAGUGAAAUUCGAUGUAUGGGUGAUGAAGGAAUAUGGGCUGAAGGAAUCUUGGACUAAGUUGGCUUGUAUCCCUUACUCGGUGAAUUUCAAGGGUCGUGCUUCACCAUUGUUUGUCUCAGAAGCUGGGGAGAUCUUAUUGAAGCAUGAUUACUCUUUGAUGCUCUACAAUGGGAAAGAUGAUAUUUUUACAAACCGGGAUCUGCAAAUGCAAGGUGCUAACUAUCCAGGAGCAGCUGCUGUCUACAUUGAGAGCUUGGUAUCCCCUCACAUUGAUGAGGUUGGGCACAAAACUUGUGCACAGUGAAAGAAAGGUGAAAUUGUUCAAGGAUAACCUUAUCCAACCUAGAAUAUUACUUCUGUUAGACAUUGCUUUGAAAUAUUCUAGUUUGCGGAAGACUCCCCCAAUGAUGGACUAGGCAACCUCACAAAAGUCCUAGCCGCUAAAUGGCACAGAUCAGAAGAUGCUAUGAUUUUUGGUGUACAACAGUGCUUUUUCUUGAAUCUGUAUGAUAACCUAUUUUCUUUGAUGCUCUUCUCAGUCUUAUUGGCGUUU